UGACAAGCACAUAUACUGGCUGCUGGGUGCUACAACAGAAACAGCAGCAGACCUUUGGUUGUCGUAGGUGGUGGAACGCUUGUUUCGUUAGAGCGCCCUAGGAGCGCUCUGAGAGCCUUCGAAGGCUCGUUCGAAUCGAGGCACCUGCCUGCCAAAGGCCCGCGUCAAAAUUUCGUUUAAGACUGAGGUGAUGGCGGGGGGCGGGGGACCACAGAGCCCGACGAACAAGGUGUUCGUCCAACGGGACUACACAGAGGGUACUGCCGUACGCUUCCAGAACAAGUUCCCGCAGGAGCUCGAACGCUACGUGGAGCGUCAUGUGUUCGAAAACACCAUCAACACAUUGAACAAUUUCUACCGACAAGCGGAGAAAAUAAACUCCAGCUCCUUCUGUGAAGGAUGCCUGGCGUGUAUCUCAGCCUAUUUGUUGUACCUGUGUGUGGAGACUCAUUACGAGAAGUACGUGAAGCAGGCAGCGAGCUUCAUCGACCAUCAGAAUGAAACAAUUUACGUACCAAGGGGCUUGUAUAUCACGGAUCCUCUCGAGCGAGGCCUCCGAGUCAUUGAGAUCACUCUCCUGGAUGCCAGGCCUUGAACGUCGAGUUUGUGCCUACGCUCUUCAAGGUCUAACAUCCAUGUAACCACUAGUCUCGGACUCAUCGGCGGCGCGCAAGCCUGGCCACAAUCGAUCUGCUACGAAACGCGGGCGUGUCAGCCAGAACAAUCGCGACAGCGGAUCGGAGCCAAGGUUCGAGCGCCGUGACAUAAUUGGCUUCCGACUGUUGAUCUAGCAUUCCUGCUGAAGAAAAAGUCCAACCCGCCCGACGAGAAUAUGUAUUAGUGAAAAUUCUAUGGGAGAACGCUGUGAAAAGAUGAAUGGUGAUCAUAUUCAGAACUUUUACGAUGAAUGAUGGAAUGAUUGCCCCGACGAUAACUCAUGACUCCUAUCCUUUACGGACGUGAUAAUUGAUGCAAGUUUUAUAUCAAACUCCAUCCACACUAGCACCGAGGAGAACCCGAAGCAGCUUGCUUCGUUUCCCGGAUCUGUCUCACACUGGUAAGACUCGACGACGACGAGGACUCAAGAUCUAUGACCGGCGACUGCAUCCGUCAUGUCUGAGAUUGCGACUCAUUGUACAAAAACAUAUCCUCCCAUCAAACGAAUCUAACCGUCGACCUCAUUCGUGUGAAUGAUCGCUCCAACCCUGACCGACACUCGUGAAUUUGGAUCAAAGGUGUCAAUCGAAUAAACAUGAAUUUAUCCCG